UAUCUAUCCCCUUGGUCUACAGCAAGGUCUCAUAAUUAAAUUGGGGGUUCUGACAGAAACUAGAAUGCUAUUGAACCCCACACCUAGCUCAUGUUUUGGUUGGGUUGGUCACCCAGUUCCAAACCGUCACACUCGAUGGCCAACCCCUUCUUUUUCGUGUAGUACAUACAAGGUUUCAACAUCAGAUGGCCAACGCUACAAAGAACUGUUGGCCAGCUUUAUCUUCCUUCCCUAUUGCCUCUUUCUCUUCUUUACCAUCUUCUCUGUCGUUAUUAUAUCUGCAUCUUUCUUCUGCUUAUUCACAGAGGAACUCCCGUUUAAUUGACUGCAAUAGAACUGGAGCAUCCUCCCUUCAUUUAUGAAAGCAGUUCUUUGUUGCUUCUCAACGAUUAGGUGAUGUCCCUGAGAUUCAUGACGUAGCCAUCUUCCGGUUUGGCUAUGAAAGCAUCGCGAGACUUGUCGUUCUAACCAACGUCCGCUGCAGCAGUAUCACUGAGGAAAGUGGCGUUUCUUACGAGUGAGUGAGGGAGAUUAAGAAGAGGGAGGUGGUAGCUGGUGAGAAGCAAAAGAACAGUCUGUCCUAUUAAAUGUCACUCUGCAACUCCACCACCUUUCUAUAAAUUUUGUACCUUCCCUGCCCUGUUCCUCCCCCAUCUCUUUUUUAUCUUCUCCGCUUGUCCAUUUUGCCACCCCUAAGGUGAGUCACCACCAGCCCAGAAGACUUGCAGAACCUUCAGAUCACACUCCUACGCUUCCUCCGUCGAUUUCAGGACGUCUUGUUCCUUCUUCAACAGGUGACGGUGAGUGCAAGCAUAUAGCGGAGAGGCGAGAUGGACGUGGCGACGGUGGCUGUGGUGAUUGCAUGCAUGGCGGCCUACGUAGUGUGGUUCUCGAGGCUGGCGGCGGGGCUUUGCGGGCCGCGGGUGUGGCCGGUGUUGGGCAGCCUCCCUGGCCUGAUCCAGCACUCGGAGCGCAUGCAUGAGUGGAUCUCCGACAACCUCCGCGGCACCGGCGGCACCUACCAGACCUGCAUUUGCGCCAUCCCCGGCCUCGCACGCCGGCAAGGGAUGGUGACGGUCACCUGCGACCCGCGCAACCUCGAGCAUGUGCUCAAGACCCGGUUCGACAACUACCCCAAGGGCCCGACAUGGCACGCCGUCUUCCUGGACCUCCUAGGCGACGGCAUCUUCAACUCCGAUGGAGAUACCUGGCUCUUCCAGCGCAAGACUGCUGCACUGGAGUUCACCACUCGCACGCUCCGAAUCGCCCUGUCGCAGUGGGUCUGCCGUUCCAUCCACCUCCGCCUUCUCCCCAUCCUCGAAGAAGCUUCCGCCAGGUCCACGGUCGUCGACCUCCAGGAUCUGCUCCUCCGGCUCACCUUUGACAACAUAUGCGGCCUCGCCUUCGGCAAGGACCCGGAGACGCUCGCACCCGACCUCCCGGAGAACGCCUUCGCCAUCGCCUUCGACAGCGCCACCGAGGCCAGCCUCCACCGCUUCGUCUUCCCCGAGUUCGUUUGGCGGUUCAAGAAGUGGCUCCAAGUCGGCAUGGAGGCCACGCUCACGCGCAGCGUCGCGCACGUCGACGGCUACCUGUCAGCCAUUAUCAAGGCCCGCAAGCUGGAGCUCAGAGACGGCCGGAACUACGACGACCUCCUCUCUCGGUUCAUGAAGAAGGGCACUUACACCGACUCUUUUCUCCAGCAUGUGGUGCUCAACUUCAUUCUCGCCGGACGCGACACCUCCUCCGUCGCGCUCAGCUGGUUUUUCUGGCUGGUCACGACCCAUCCGGCCGUGGAGCGCCGCGUCCUACUUGAGCUCGCCACCGUCCUCGCCGAAUCCCGCGGCAACGAUCCCAAAGCGUGGGUCGCCACACCUCUCGCCUUUGAGGAGGCCGGUCGCCUCGUGUACCUCAAAGCAGCCCUCUCCGAGACGCUCCGGCUCUACCCGUCCGUCCCCGAGGACUCCAAGUACGUCAUGGCCGACGACGUCCUCCCCGACGGCACAUUCGUGCCCGCCGGUUCCUCCGUCACCUACUCCAUUUACUCCGCGGGUAGGAUGAAGUCGGUGUGGGGGGACGACUGCCUCGAGUUCCGACCGGAGCGAUGGCUCUCACCGGACGGCAACCGGUUCCUCCCGCACGACUCGUUCAAGUUCGUGGCGUUCAACGGCGGACCGCGGAUCUGCCUCGGGAAGGACCUUGCCUACCUGCAGAUGAAGUCGAUCGCCGCCGCCGUGUUGCUGAGGCACCAGCUGAGCGUCGCCCCCGGACACCGCGUCGAGCAGAAGAUGUCGCUCACCUUGUUCAUGAGGAAUGGACUGAGGGUGAACGUGCACGACCGCAACCUGACCACCAUCGCUGAGGAGCUCGCAGCAACUCAGCCGAAGAUGGUGGUGGCUCCCGAGCUGGUGGCAGCCACUGCCUGAGCCACCACCGUUUACAUAAACGAUGGUGGGCUAAGUUGUGACCAACUGUAGA